AUGUCCCCCAAUGUCUCCUAUGCUCCUGCACUGUCCCCAUUGUCCCUGUUGGUGUCCACGCGGACGCCGCAGACGCGGGCGCUGCUGGGGGCGCCGGGGCAGCUGCAUUGCACCUUCGCGCCCCCAGCCGGGCCCUUCACGCUGCAGUGGAUGUGGCACCGCCACGGUGCCACGUGGCGCCUGCUGGCCUUCGGCUCGGCCGCUGCGCACCGCACCGAGGCCGUGCCGGGGGUGCUGCUGUUCCUGGGGGGCCAGGGGAGCCCCCCCGGCACCGUGCAGGUGAGCCAGCCGCCGGGGGGCGCCAGGGAGGUGUCGCUGCAGCUGCUGCCGCUCUCGGUGUCGGACGACGGCGCCUUCGUUUGCUCCGUGAGCGCCCCAGGGCAGGUGCAGCAGGUGCUGCGGCUGCGCCUGAUUGCCCCUCCCCGGGUGUCCCUGCUGCCGUCCCGGCUGUCCCCGGGGCUCCCGGCCGAGCUGCGCUGAGACACCGUCGGCUUCUUCCCGCUGGACGUGGAGAUCCCUGGGGACAUCGGGAAUGGGGGGUUGGGGACAUCUGGAACAGGGUGCCACCAUGCCCAGCGUGGAGGACAUGGUGGGGAUGGCCCUGGUGGCCUUCGUCAUCGGGGGGCUCAGCCUGCGCCUGUGGCCCUCGGCGGGGAGGUGACACCGGUGUCCCCAGUGUCCCCCUUCAUCUCCGUGUCCCCAUGUCCCAGGUGUCCCCAAUGUCCCCAGCUCCCCAAACUUCCCCAAUGUCCCCAGUGUCACCAAAUGUCCCCAAUGUCCCCAAAUAUUUCCAAAAUAAACUGGCGGGGGGUGACAAUCCCCCCAAAACUGAUGUGUCCUGAGUGGGGAUCGGGGACAUUUGGAGACAUCUGGGGAGAUUUCGGUGUCCUGCAGCUGCCGUCCCAGUGCAAGUACCUCAUUCCUUUCUUCCCAUGCACAGAGUUUCUGUUUUAA